GAGAGGAGGCAGCGCUGUGGGGGCAAGGGGCGGCCCCGUGACGUAAAUAGCCUGAGCCUGAGCCCGCAACAUCAACAAGAUGGCCGCCCGCGUCCUGCCGCUCCUGGAGGACGGCCUGCGGUCGCCGCGCAGCCAGGAGGGCAGCAGCCCCCAGAGCAAGGGCAGCCCCCUGAGCAAGACGCGCGAGUCCCGAUGGGCCGAAGCACCGACCGAGCGUUUAAGACCAGCACACGCGAGAAGGCCGAGCUUCCUCGGUGAGCUAGACGCGCCCGCUAGAAGACCAUCUUUGUUAGGAGGCCGGUCGCCCUCAAAGAGGUCCGUCGACUCGCUCCGCCACUACCAGCUCGGCAAGGUGGGCAAGGCCGAGAACAUGUGGGAGCUGGAGCGGCCCAAAAACGCCGCCGAGCGGUUACUCCGAAAGUACAUGGAGCGGAAUACUGGAAACAAAAAGGAGGCAGUGUCGAUAGCGAGUCGCCUGGACGUCGGCGAGGCCGCUAAAUAUGCCCAUGUCGAGCGGCCGACGACGCCCUACUACGGCGUGGAUGGCGAGACGACGCAGCGACGGCCGCCGACGUGUGACAAGAACGCAAGGCGGAUUGUGGUCGAACCGGUACAGCGCAACGACUCCUCCGACUCUUCGGACGAGGAGAGCGUUUUUAAUCGAAGAUUAUCGUCAAACACCUACGACAAGUUCGCCGCGCGGCGCGCGCAGCGCUUCGCGACGGCACGGGGCCGCGUGAAGCGCGAGGUCAUGCGGGACGAGGAGCGAAAGCGAGUGGCGGAUAGCAAAGUACAAGCCAAGAAGGCAUUGCGGAAGAUGCGCAGUCUGGAGCUUGAAAGGCAAAAAGCGAAGGAGCUCGAAUUACUUAAGUCAGGCCCGCCGAAAGAAAAGACUCUAGACGAAAGGAAACACGAUCUGUCGCAGAGUUUAAAGGGCAUGGUCAAGACCUACGAGAAGUGCGAGCGGCGUGCCAAGCGGAAGGAUGGGAAGGCUGCGAAACGCAUCCAGCGGACGUGGCGAGGCUACAAAGCGCGGAAGGAGACGGGCGAUGUCUGUUUUAAAGCUAGGUUCGUCACGGGCUUCUUCAAGACCGAAGAGGUGUACGUCUCGGAGGACGAGGAGUCGUUCGAGCCGGAGCUCUACGAUCCGGUCUGCGCGACGAUCCAGCGGGCGUGGCGGCGCUACCGGAAGCGCAUGCUGAAGCGGUACUUCUACGCGGCGCGGUUGGCGAUGUUGUGGCGCGCGCGGCGCAACCUGAAGAUACGGAAAGCGAGGGCCGCACAACUGAGGUACGGGCGCAAAGAAAGUUCGAGGCGGUUCGUGAAAUGCGUGCGACGGUUCCUCUCUCGCAAACUCCGGGAGUGGCGCCAGGCGUCGAUCGAGGUCAAAAGGGCGAAGUGGAACUUGAGGAGGGCGCAAGCAUUGAUAGCCAUCGCCAAAGGUCUGAAGGGCUACUACGCGAAGAGACAACGGAAGCAGCAGUUAGCCGCGUCGCUCAGAGUGAGCGGCGCGCCCGAGGUCCAGGGCGCCGUGGCGACGUUUUUGGUGGAUGACGACUGGCCCAAGUGCCUCGCGACGUUGGACGACGGGCUGGCGGAUAGUGAUGAUGAAAAUGACGCGCGCGCGUCGCACUUCGUUCCGACGCGGUUCGCGCGGAACCCUCCCUCCGUACGUGAAUAUCGUUCUAUCAAUCAUGGAGACGACCGGCUACUCCAAUGCGCGUUCUGGGACUUUGUGACUGAUGUCUCAGAACGUACGCUCCAGAAGGACGCGAGGAGACGAGUCAGGAGGCAACAACAGAGGGCAGACGAAGCCAAGGUCCUCGUGGAUUCCUUCGUACGAGGGCUACGACGAGAAGCUUUUGACGCGGACGCGGACAAGGACACGAUCGUAGAACAUCUGCCGGACGACGCCGACCUGUGGCGCGUGCCGGCCAUGGACCGUUUUAGUACAAUCAAGGCCCGGACGUUGUACGACGAGCGGGCCAAGUCCGCGCCGCCGCCCAUGGACCGGGGCUACAAGCUGCGCUGGGUCUGGGACGGCGAGCUAUGCGGCGCGUGCGGCGCGAUCGUGCCCAAUUUUUUGAGGGCGCGUUCAUGUAGAACGUGCGGCGCGCGGACGCCCCUCGCCGCGGAUCGACCGACGCUAGCCUUCAAGCCGGCCGUGCCGCCGCCCAUACCUUGUAAAGCGUUGGACGUGCAACAGAAAGCGACGACACUACUCAUCCACGCUCAUUUGGUGAGUCUGAGUGGAGCGCCCGGGUCGGGCUGGCGCCGGCGCCGUGUCCCCUUCGCGAAGCUGUGGCGCGCGGCCGUCGCUUCGACCGUCGACGCGCGGGCCGAGCUGCGUGCUUUGAACGUCGCGUCGAUCGCGGAUCUCGUAAAGCGCGGCGGAUGUUCUGUGCUCUCGCCGGCUCAUACCGAACUCGCUCAUGAGGCAGAUCAUCUCCUCAAACUCCUGGACGACGCCCUGAGGGCGCGCCAAAAGGCGGACGAGAAGGCGGCCGCGCGACGACGGCUCCAAGAAAACAACUAAGAUGUGUUAUUU